AUACUUCCGGGGCAGCUCCUUAGUUGGCUGAUAGUUUUGUUUCUGGGUUCUAGUCUGGUUCGGGACCGUAUGUCGAUGGACUCGUUUUGAACGCUAGUUAACGCUUGUAUAGCAGGUUUAAUAUACGUUCUGCGCUAAUGUCAGACAGAAGCAGCGGCGUCGAGUGGGUUGAGGCCACGGAGGAGGUCGUCAUAACAGAGGAGUGUGUGGCCGCUGAGGACGACGCCUCUGCAGUGGUUCCGGUCCUGGAGGCAGAAACGCCCAUCCAGAAGUUACUGGACGACGUGGGACGAACAGACGGUUCCGAGGGCGGAGAUGGGUUCUAUUGUGAGGAGUGUUUGACUCUUUUCCAGGAUCAGAGCGAUCCCUCAAACAUAAAUGGCCCGUCGUUCAUUCUCGACUUUCCAUCGGGCUCUGGGGUCCCUCAGAGGGCCCUGCUGACGCUUCCCUUUGGCCUGCUCAUAGGCAGAUCUAGUAUUCCUGGGAGGGGGGUCGGGGUCAUAAAUCAUGGGCCAAAUGUGUCCCCGGGAAUGCACUUUGGGCCCUACGAGGGGGAGGUGAGCACACGGGAAGCUGCCGUGGCAAGCAGCUUCUCCUGGGAGAUUUACAGAGGAAAAGAUGAGUACGAAUACAUCGAUGCUUCCAGAGAAACACACUCCAACUGGAUGAGAUAUAUCAACUGUGCUCGUAAUAAAGAGGAGACCAAUCUCCUGGCGGUCCAGUAUAAGGGCAGCAUCCUUUUCCACUGCUGCCGCACCAUACACGCUGGGGACGAGCUCAUGGUCUGGCCCAGCAGCAAAUCUCUUGCCCAUUUCAGUGACGCAUGGUCCCAGAUAUGGCUUAUUAAGUUAAAUGCAGCAGAGAGUAUUUCAGCUGCAACCUCUCAGAUCUUCCUGUGCUCCCAGUGUCAGCUCUCCUUUACUACAGAGGCCUUCCUUCAGCGACAUGCAGACGACUUCCACACACACUGUGCAGUGGACUGUUCAACACCUGCCACUGAGGAGGCUGCAGCAGGAGAUUGCACAUCCACUGCUGACACAGGCCAGUCGGCAGCCUCCCUGGUGGUGUCAUCUGUGGAUUCCAUGGAGGCCAACACUUGCAAUGACUGUGGCAAGACUUUCAAACAAAUGCCUCAUCUCAGGAGGCACAAGCUGUGCGUCCACUCAAACAAGCGUCCCUACUGCUGCCCACAGUGCAGAAGAACAUUUAGCCAAGCGUCCGGCUUAAUCAGACACCAAGUCGUUCACAGAAAGCAGGAUCUGACUGAAGUUCCUGAUCAGAACCAAAUCCCCUGUGAGAAUAAUGCAAAUGUAGAUGGCCAUGUAACUGGUGAAACAGGCGCAAGUGAGAAACUACAGGAAGCAGCAGCAGAUGUAACUGAAGCUGAGUCACCUCCUGCAGGAGAAGCAGAAACAUCUCCGUACAACUGUUUAAACUGUAGUAAGAGCUUCACAAAUGAAGUUUCCCUGAAAAAGCACAAGGUGUCUGUUCAUGAGAGGUUACGUCCGUAUGUCUGCUCCGUGUGUCAGAAGUGCUUCGGCCAAUUCAACGACCUGGCCAGGCACCUACGCAGUCACCAGAAGCAGAAGAAGAGGAAAGUCGAGCCUGCUCCAGAUGAACCAAACACUCUGCCCUUUGGCUGCGCCGAGUGCUCGCUGGCUUUUCCUUCCGUGGACUUAAUUGAGCAGCACAUUAGUGAUCAGCACUCACAGGACACCACAGUAGAAAAUGAGGAAGGUCCAAUGCCGGCGGCUGAAGAUGAUCGCAGCCACGAUCCUGACUUCAUUCCAGAACCCUCAGAGGCAGAAACUGUGAAAUGCACCCAGAAUCUCCCCUAUCAGCGGCCUCAGCGACUUGGAGCCAGAUCGAAAAUUUCUGCCAUAACAAAGCUUAUAGCACCAAAGAGAAGGGCGGACAACUGCAAGAAGCCAUUAACCAGUGAGCAGGACUCCAACGAACCAGAGGCGUCCACAGAACAAACCGCAAAGCUGAGAAAAUACAAGUGGUUCAGCUGCAAUCGCUGCAAACGGACAUACGGAAACUCUGACGAUCUCAAAGGACACAAGUGUGCGUUGAGGCAGCACAGGUGCGGUCAGUGUGGGGCAACCUUUAAUAAGUCGGGUUUCCUGAAGAGACACGAGCAGACGGUGCACGAGGAUGCAAAGUCCUACAGCUGCGAGCACUGUGAUAAAGUCUUCACCUCUCCUGGAAACCUCAAACAGCAUCAGAAGAGCAACCUGUGCUCCAAGUAUCACUGCACGUCUGAGCUCUUCCCGUGUUCCUACUGCCAGUUCUCCUUCACCAUGAAGAGCUACCUUAUCAAACACAUCAGGAGGCACCACCCUGUGGAGUAUGUGUCCCAGUGUGAUGCAGAUGGCAGCAUGCUCACACUGGAGCAGGAGGAGCAGGAGGAGGGUGACAAGGAAUAUAAAUGCCCACACUGUGGAAAGAGCUGUGCUUCUGCCAAAGCUUUCAAAUCGCACGCGUGCUUCCAGCAGGUCAAGGUUCUCUACUUGUGCACCGACUGUGGAAAAGGCUUCAUGAAUCACUACGGCCUCAAGCAGCACCAGCGCAUCCACACAGGCGAGAAGCCGUACAGCUGCCCCCACUGCUCCAAGAGCUUCUCGUACACGGGCCAGCUCAACGUGCACCUCCGGACCCACACCGGAGAGAAACCCUACCUGUGCACCCACUGCGGGGAGAGCUUUCGCCAGUCGGGGGAUCUGAAGAGGCACGAGCAGAAGCACACGGGGGUGAGGCCCUACAGCUGCCCCGAGUGCUGCAAGAGCUUCAGCCGCCCGCAGAGUCUCAAAGCUCAUCAGAUGCUUCACCGAGGACAGAGAAUGUUCAAAUGCACCCAGUGUGGAAAGAGCUUUUCAAGAAACUACCACCUCAAGAGACACCAUCAGAAGAUGCAUCUGUAGUCAUAUGUUUGUUUGGAGAAAACUUUAAGCUGAAUUGCACUAAAUGGGAUUGAUUAGUGAAGUUCAAGAGAAGUUUAAAUGACUUGUGCACAACAUUGUUUGGAAGUUAUUUUUCCUACGUUUGUAGAAAGUAAAAUCUUUCACGUUACAGAAACGACUCAUCGUUCAUGUCAUCCCUCUGAAAAUAAAAAAAAACUGCUUGGG